UUUGCGGGCGUUUUGCCUCUAGCGCUCGCUACAGGCACAGUAGGACGCCUCCGAAGCUUCAGCCCUUCCGCUGGUCCUCGCUGCUCAGCCUGAGAGAAGUAGCACUGCCGGAGAGGCCGUCCAGCCACUCAGUCCACAAACCAGCGGUAGAAAAAAGACGCGGUCGACGCGCUAGAAGACGCGCCAAGAGACAACGAGACGCCGUCGACGCGCUCCCAGGAGACGCGCCGCGAUAGACCGCCAUGGGCCUCUACGACGGCCACGCCGAGGACAUCCCCGAGCCAGUCAAGAUGCCCGUCGACGUUUUGGAACUCGCCAAGCCCGACGCGCCCCCCGAGCACCGCAUCACGUUGAGGGUCUGGCGCCACCCGGUCGCGCUCGACGAGGCGCACUCGUACAUCGGGGGGACCGCGACACCCUGGAGUUGCGGCGAGAGCACGCGGGGUCAUGGUGGUUUGACGCCGCGGUUGGACGCGACGAUCCCCUUCACGCCUGAAAAGACGACGUUCGAACGGUUGCGCAUUCCCAUCGAGACGGUAAACGUCAAGGGCAUGCUGCGGCGGACGGCGCUGUUCCAGGAGAUCCUGGCGGUGAUGCUGGAGCUCGAGAACCCGCACGACUACCCGCCGGCGCAGUCGCUGGCGUACCGGUUCGCGAUCUGGCCCGACGACGAGCCGGAAAAGUCGCCGCUCGGUACCAAACCUGAUUUGAUUCCGAAGGAGGCGGAAGGCGAUUUGAUCUCGAAGUGGCUCCCCGACCCGCUCGCGCGCGAUUUGAUCAUCGUGCCGCAGACGCAGAUCGAUCGCGAGGACCGGUGCACGCUGGUGCGGUGCGCGGGCGACGAGGAGGGGAAGGAUUCAUUAGAUGUAAUGGUUCGGUAGUUUU